AAUAUCUAUUUUUUUCAACAUGUGUCUGAUUCUUCUACUUCUUCAUCUUCUUAUCUUCCUAAUUUUGAUCAACUUGAGAAUGUAAGGUUUAAUACUGGGAUAGAUGAUCAGCACCGAGAAAAUAGUCAAGACGCUGAAGGUUCUUCUCGCAAUCCUAUUCCUGCUUCUGAUCCUCCUAUUGAACAAGGUGAAUUUCUUAAUCUUGGUCCUGACAGAUCUAUAGGACAAUCUGACGUUUCUAAUAUGCCUGAUGCACCUCCUCUUCGAAGGUCUACUAGACAUAUCAAACCUCCUGAUCGCUUGUCUCUCAUGGCUGCUUUAUCUGUUACCAAUGUUCCCAAGUCUUAUUCACAAGCUAAGAAUUAUGAGCAUUGGAGGGAUGCUAUGAAUGAAGAAUUAGAUGCACUGGUAAAAAAUCAUACUUGGGAUGUUGUUCCUUGUCCAAAAGGGUGUAAGCCUAUAGGAUGUCAAUGGGUGUACUCUAUUAAACAAAAAUCUGAUGGAUCCUUAGAUCGCUAUAAAGCAUGUCUAGUUGCUCUUGGAAAUUGGCAAGAAUUUGGAAUUAAUUAUCAUGAGACAUUUGCACCUGUUGCCAAAAUGACGACUGUUCGCACUUUAUUAGCUAUUGCAGGUUCGCAAUCAUGGCCACUUUUUCAGAUGGAUGUCAAAAAUGCAUUUUUACAUGGAGAUCUUCAAGAAGAGGUUUAUAUGCGACUUCCGCCUGGGGUACUGAUCCUGGUGGAAUUAAGGAAUUACAAGCUUCUUUACAUUCUUCAUUUCACAUGAAAGAUCUUGGAAUUCUUACUUAUUUCCUUGGACUUGAAGUACAUCAUUCUGAUCGAGGUAUUUUUGUCAACCAACACAAGUAUACUCAUGACUUAAUUGCUUUGGCCGGACUUGAGAAUUCUACUCCUAUGGAUACCCCACUCGAAGUUAAUGUGAAAUAUUCUCAAACGGAUGGUGAUUUGCUUCCUGAUCCCACAAUAUAUCGUCGGCUAGUUGGGAGUUUGAUUUAUUUAACCAUUACUAGACCAGAUAUUUCUUAUGCUGUUAAUUUGAUGAGUCAGUUUAUGCACCAACCUCGGCAUCUCCAUCUUGCAGCAGUUAAACGGAUAAUUCGUUAUUUGAUUGGGACUCCUAGUCGUGGAAUAUUCUAUAAAGCACAUUCAUCUCUUAUUCUUCAAGCAUAUAGUGAUGCAGAUUGGGCUGGAUGUCCUGAUACCCGCCGAUCGACCACUGGAUGGUGUAUGUAUCUUGGUGAUGCACUUAUUUCUUGGAAAUGUCAAAAGCAAAGGAAACUAUCCAAAUCUUCUACUGAGUCAGAAUAUCGUGCUAUGUCUUCUGCUUGUUCUGAAAUUGUUUGGCUUCGUCGUCUUUUAUCAGAAUUAGUUUUUCCUCAAGCCGAUCCUACUCCUCUUUAUGCUGAUAAUAUGAGUGCCAUUCGAAUCACUGUCAAUCCUGUACUUCAUGAAAAAACUAAGCAUAUUGAAGUAGAUUGUCACUACAUUCGCAAUGCAUAUGUUGAUAACAUCAUCACUGUGCCUUAUGUUUCUACUAAAUUUCAGAUAGCAGAUAUUCUAACCAAGGCUUUGACAAAGAUACGACAUCAGUUCUUAGUUGGCAAAUUGAUGCUUCUUGAUUCACCUGCAUCAAUUUGAGGGAGGGUGUUAAAGCAUAUCAUGACUCAUUAAAUAGCAUUUUUUAUUGAAUUG